GGAAAACAGCGUAGAAGAAGAUAUAACAUCAGUUCCUUUUAUAGCGGCAAUGAAAGGACGGCGUGCUACUCACACUUUUAGCAAAACAUAAGUUAGGUAAAACUGCCAGAUUCAAACAAUUUAGUUCUCAGCAUCAUAGCCCCCUAUAAGGCGAAGAGUUUAAGUGCUGCGCUGAGAAGAUGUCUCUGGUUUGUGCAAUCUGCAACGAGGUACCGGAGCACCCGUGCAUCUCGCCGGUGUCUAAUCAUGUGUUCGAGCGCAGGCUGAUCGAGAAGUACAUCGCUGAGAAUGGGACUGACCCGAUGAACGGCCAGCCGCUCUCCGAGGAGCAGCUGGUGGACAUCAAAGUGACCCAUCCCAUCAGACCAAAGGCACCAUCGGCUACUAGCAUCCCUGCUAUCCUCAAGUCCCUUCAAGAUGAGUGGGACGCUGUGAUGUUGCAUAGCUUCACGCUGCGGCAGCAGCUUCAAACUACCCGUCAGGAACUCUCACACGCCCUUUAUCAGCAUGAUGCGGCCUGCAGAGUCAUCGCUCGACUCAACAAGGAGGUCACCGCUGCAAGAGAAGCUCUUGCAACACUUAAACCACAAGCUGGACUGGUGGCUCCUCAGGCUGUGCCAGCCUCUCAGCAAGCUGCUGCUGGUGCUGGAGGAGAGCCUAUGGAGAUCAGUGAACAGGUGGGAAUGACCCCAGAGAUCAUUCAGAAGCUUCAAGACAAAGCCACCAUCCUCACUACAGAGAGAAAAAAGAGGGGAAAAACCGUCCCAGAGGAUCUGGUCAGAGCUGAAGAUCUUAGCAAGUACCGCCAAGUGGCCUCGCAUGCUGGUCUUCAUAGUGCCAGCAUUCCUGGCAUUCUGUCCCUGGAUGUGUGUCCCUCUGACACCAACAAAGUGCUCACUGGUGGAGCUGAUAAGAACGUGGUCGUAUUUGACAAGAACGAAGAGCAGAUUGUGGCCACUCUGAAAGGUCAUGCCAAAAAGGUCACCUCAGUCAUUUACCAUCCUUCCCAGUCUGUGGUCUUCUCUGCCUCUCCUGAUGCCACCAUCAGGGUGUGGUCCGUUACUGGAGGUAACUGCAUUCAGGUGGUGCGAGCCCACGAAGCUGGAGUCACCGGGCUGUCUCUGCAUGCUACAGGGGACUACCUGCUCAGCUCCUCUGAGGAUCAGUAUUGGGCCUUUUCUGACAUCCAAACUGGUAGAGUCCUCACCAAGGUUACUGAUGAGAGUGCUGGCUGUGCUCUGACCUGUGCGCAGUUUCACCCUGAUGGUCUGAUCUUUGGUACCGGUACUGCCGACUCCCAGAUUAAGAUUUGGGAUCUGAAGGAGCGCACCAACGUGGCCAACUUCCCAGGCCACUCUGGACCCGUCACCUCCAUUGCUUUCUCUGAGAACGGAUACUAUCUGGCCACAGGUGCCCAGGAUAGCUCUGUAAAACUGUGGGAUCUGAGGAAACUGAAGAACUUUAAGACCAUAACUCUGGAUAACAACUAUGAGGUGAAGUCCCUGGUAUUCGAUCAGAGCGGAACCUACCUGGCUGUAGGUGGAUCUGACAUCCGUAUCUACAUCUGCAAGCAGUGGUCUGAGGUGCUCAACUUCACAGACCAUACAGGACUGGUGACUGGAGUGGCCUUUGGAGAAAAUGCCAAAUUCCUGACGUCUGCAGGAAUGGACAGAAGUCUCAGAUUUUACAGUUUGUAGAAAAGAGAUGCAUUCAGGAUGAGGAGAGGGCAGCUGAAUGGAGGAGAUGUGUAACCUUACUGAACAGUCAUCUUUAAAAAGAAAUCCCUGUUUACUGUGCUUCUGAUAUCAUUGUAAUCUGUCACAUUAAAACACAGCAGUAUGGGCAAAACAACCUGUUUGUUUGCUUUGCAUCCAAAUGAUGUGACGUGAGAACAGAAACAAAUUUUCUGUCCUAUAUGACGGCAUUUGAUUUUAUUAUUUCUGUUUUUAUUUUUAGGGAGGGUUAAGUUGCUUGUGAAACAGUUUGAUGUACUCGUAAAAAAAAAC